AUGGAGAACGAUUAUGUGACCAUCGAAAGGAUAUCACUACAACAAGGAUUCUCGUCUAUACUCUUACUAAAUAUCAUCGAGUUAUUCCUACUAUUGGGAGCAUUUCUGUUAAAUAUACUAUUUCUUUGUGUACUAUUACGGUAUUCGGUAUUUCAUAUUCAUCUCCGAAUCAUAUGCUUACAUAUUACAUCAGCAGUCACGCUGGUUACCGUAUACUCAUUGAUAAGGACCCUCGUCAGUCUUUAUCAAAUCUUUGGUAAUCCGCUAGUUACGGAACCAGACGACUUGUCCACCUGUCUAUUUGUGGAUGUUGUACCCACAUGCUUUUGUGUACUAUUUAUCGUAUUCCCUCUUAUUGUUGUUAUCGAACGUUCGAUUGCAACUGAAAAAGUUCGUGGCUACGAGACGUUUCAUUUCCCAUCGGGAAUGAUGCGCCUUUGUAUGAUAUUCUGGAUGCCUGCAAUGGUUUGGCUGAUAUCCGGUGGUUUCUCACUGAGCACUCAGUCUUCAGUACUAUCAUGUGAAUUGAGAAGAAUCCGUGAGCAGACGCCACUUCAACGAAGUGUUUGGUAUACACUCUCACAUCGUUUCCAACUUCGUGAAAAUUCCCGGACAUGUUCGUUCCUCGUCUCGUUGCAUGGACUCAUAUGUCUAUGCUUUUUGGCAUUCACACUCGUCGAUCAUGCUAAUGCCGAUGUUAGUAAUACCAACGACAUGUACACACUACUUUUUAAAAGGGAACUUUCUUACGUCAUUUCACCGCUGUUCACGAUACUUUUUGCAUUGAAUUUCCUUUGCCGUCUUGAUAUUGUCUAUGACAAAGCAAAGAAAUUUGUUCGAGCAAUUUACGGUUAUGAAGAAGGUUGCAAGCAGAAGCCACAAACUGACCUCUUCUUCCGUCCACACCCACCACAGCAACCUCCUCCUCCACCACCACCUCCGAAGAAAAGACUUUCUGUGGUUAUAGCCAUUGCCAGGAUCAAAGAAAGACACAACGUAUAG